AUGCCUCCUCAGUCAACUCCUGAGACAUACGAAACUACAUCUGGAAGUGACAGUAGUGAGAAUAGCCAUAUCAGCGAGGAAUACGCAACGCGAUUGAAUACGAUUAACCUCCUAUCGACUUUAGUACUUCGGCGAGAGGAGGAAAUGGAGAGAAGAAACGAUCCACGGACAGCAGAUAGAGGCGAUAGUGGUGGGAGAGGGGCUCUCGGACAUCCCAAUAGAUAUAGUUCGGUAUAUGGGAACGAAUUGAAUAUCAGCAACCAAACUAUACCCAUACAGAUAAGAAACAUCGACCGAGACCUGAUGGGGAUGCAUAAUGAAAAUAACGACCUUUUUGAUGAAGAAUUUGAUGACGAUUACGAGGAAGAUAUGGAUGAUAACGUGGAGGAUAGUUUUGAUGAGCGGUUCGACGACUAUGAUGAUGAUAGCGACGACGGUGGGGAACUGGAGCCUGAGAAUUUGCGUUCAGAUAUCCAAUCGAACGAAAGAUUGUUACUUUCAAGUGCUCGGCAAAACCACACCAAUACUAAUACGCUUAUAUCAUCCAAUAAUGAUGCGAUUCCGCUAAGACGGCAAAAUGCGAUAAGAGUUAGAUCGUGGUUGCACGAUGACGAAAGGGCGCCUUCACCGGGACCUGCGAAUACUAAGGCUGGGAAAUCGUGGCUGAAGGAACUAAAUGAUUUGCAUUUUGAAUUAUUCCAUACCCAGAAUUUCUUUAAGUACUUAAAGGUAUAUCCUGGUAGAUCACCGAUAUUCAAUAGCCAUUCGAACCAUGCGGCGUCAUCAAUUCGUUCUGAAUUACCUGAUGAUUUGAUAGGAAAUUUAGAUUCUAUUAUGGAUUUAUUUUUGCAGAAAAGAGUAUCAGGUAAGCUUUGGUCUGACCAAGAGAAGAGCCAUACACUGCACGAUAAAAUACUGUUACAUAAAAGAAAGAAUGAUUUCGAUGAAAUGCCUGCACCCAUGAAAAAGAAAAAGAAACUAGCAUCAGGUAAUGAUUUAAAUCCUAGUAAUUUCGUACCAUCUUCGAAUAGACCCCAAAUAAGAACCAAAGCAAAAACGAAAACAAAGGCUAAAUUGAAUAAUUUGACGUACGCACAAAAGCAUAGUAUCAUGGAUGUUACAUACAGUUCAUUCUUGACCUCGGGUUCCAGCUUCACCUUAAAUUAUUCGUUUUUCAAUGUGGGUUUUCCGUUGGAUUUGGUAUUUUCAGCCGUAGAUUAUAAGAACAAAGUAUUACAAGGGAUUUUCUCGAUUACUCCAAUUACUCGUGAAGAUAACUAUCUAGAUGAGUUUGCUCAACAAACCUCGCAGAUCAAUAGUUAUCAAGAGUUUUUCUUAGGAAUAAAUCCAGAAACGCUGAGUGGGCCUCGUGAUAAGUUAAUUAUGAAACAAUUGAAAAUCCUAAAAAGUUUAGAUAGUGAAAUUGUACGGGUUAGAACCGAAAAUGGUAGAGUCGGUCCCAAAUUUAGAUCCAAGCUGAUCAAGCCAUUUACAAUUCCUGUCGCUGGAAAAAUCAUUGAUUUUAAAAACAAUGAUCUACGUUUCCUCACGAAAAUAAGAGAUAAGAAUCAUUUACCUAUGAGGUGCUUACACUUAGCAAGAACUAAGUCAAAUAGAGUGAGAUUACAGCUAUUAGAGUGGAUGAAAAUACAACCCUUUGCUCAAUUUGAAGAAUCAUUUUUCCUUGAGCAGUUGAAUAGAGCUAAUAUUAACUUACAAGAUUUUAAAAGCCAAAGCGCAAGCGUUCAAAAGGAGACUAUAGAUUUGGCAAGAGGUCUUCGCGAUAGCAUGUAUGACUUGACAAAAUUCUUUGGCUUCAUAAGAAGCAGUGACAUUCCUAUACCCCUUAUAGAAAAUGAAAGAUUCAAGAGGAGAAUGUCAUAUACGGAUUAUAAAAAGACUUACUUUCUUCAGGAGUGGGAGAAAAAACUCACGGAUAGGUUGGUUAAAUUCGUCACUUGCCAAGAGCAUUGUCUUCUUAAUAUCCAAUUGAAUUAUAUCCUAUUCACCUUAACUAUUGACAUCUGUCAAUUCCUAAACAACCUUAUUGAAUAUAAACUCAAUUUUGUUCCUGACGAACGGAAAAGUAAAUAUCAGAAACAGCUCAAAAAGACUCGUCAUUAUAAAUUAACGGAUUCAAAGAAGUCUAUAUUGCUUUGUUCCUUAGACAGGAAAACCGGUCGGAUUGAAAUUCAAAACACCAGAGCAUUACUCGAUUAUAAAAAUGUUUACCAACUUGAGAAGCAUGCAAAUCCAAGGUCUAGUAGUGCUGAUCAAGAUGAUGGUGCACUCUUUCAUCGUUUUUUCAACGGCUUGCUCAAUGAAUCACCCCCUCCUGACGGAUCUCUUACGGAUCCUGAUUUACUAUCUGACGAAAGUGAUGAAGAAGUGCAAUGGGAGGACCCUUAUCAUGAAGCAUCUUUGGACACUGUCUUGAGAGGACAUUAUAAAAAGACUAACAAUGGUAAUGUUUCGUUCGGCGGUGGUAAUCUGAGCUACAGUGUCGUUUAA